AUGUCUUUUUACAUGGGAUGCUUUUGGAAUGGUGUUGAUGUGGGAUUCGGAUGGGUUGCUUUUGCCCAUGGCGCAACGCGGCAACAUGGCAGUUGUCUUGACAUUUCGCCUCGAAACGCUUAUGCCUUGCAUGAUGAUCUAUCAACUCCCAUGACCGCCCAAAACCCCGCCCUUGUGCCUCGAUUAAAUGGUUCGCUAUGCUCGCACGAGAUGUGA